AUGCGCCGUGGGGCGCCCCAGGACCAGGAGCUGGUGGGCCCGGGGGCUCCUGGGCGGGGGUCCCGGGGCGCCCCUCCUCCCUCGGGAUCUGUUGUCCCGGUCCUGGUCUUUCCCCCGGAUCUAGUAUUCAGGGCGGACCAACGGAGCGGACCCCGGCAGCUACUGACCCUCUAUAACCCCACGGGAGCAGUGCUUCGCUUCCGAGUGCUGUGCACAGCCCCUGCCAAAUACACAGUGUUUGACGCGGAAGGAUAUGUGAAGCCUCAGUCCUGCAUUGACAUUGUGAUUCGCCACGUGGCCCCCAAUCCCAGGCACUAUAAUGUCCAGGAUCGCUUCCGCAUUGAGCUCUCUGAGGAGGGAACAGAGGGCCGAGUGGUGGGGCGCAAGGACAUCACCUCGGUUCUAAGGGCCCCAGCGUACCCUCUUGAGCUUCAGGGACAGUCUGACCCAACAGCCCACCCAGAGCCUCAUUCCUGGACAGCACCAUCCGCGGCCCAGCCCUUCCCAGAGAACCCUCACCCGCAACUGGCCACCAGCUCCUUCCUCCUCUUCUUGCUGAUGGGCACAAUCUCUGUGGCCUUCCUGCUGCUCCCGCUCCAGGAUGAACUUGGCAGCCAGCUGCCCCAAAUGUUUCACGUCUCCCUGGGACAAAAGUUGGUGGCAGCCUACGUCUUAGGGCUCCUCACCAUGGUGUUCCUCCGGACCUGA